AUGAGGGUAGAAGUGUCGGUGUCACUUUGUGUCACAAUGGGGCGCCGUCCAGCAAGAUGCUAUCGGUAUUGUAAAAACAAACCGUACCCAAAAUCGCGGUUUUGUCGUGGUGUACCAGAUCCUAAAAUCCGUAUCUUUGACUUGGGAAAGAAGAGGGCCACUGUAGAUGACUUCCCACUAUGUGUCCAUCUGGUGUCUGAUGAGUAUGAGCAACUUAGCUCUGAGGCACUUGAAGCAGGACGUAUUUGCUGCAACAAGUACCUCGUUAAGAACUGCGGUAAAGAUCAGUUCCACAUCCGCAUGAGGUUGCAUCCAUUCCACGUUAUCCGCAUCAACAAAAUGUUAUCGUGCGCUGGAGCUGAUAGGCUCCAGACUGGAAUGAGAGGUGCUUUCGGUAAACCACAAGGAACCGUAGCUCGUGUGCGUAUUGGACAACCCAUCAUGUCAGUGCGCUCCAGUGACAGAUGGAAGGCGCAAGUUAUCGAGGCUCUGCGUCGUGCCAAGUUCAAGUUCCCUGGUCGCCAGAAGAUCUAUGUCUCCAAGAAAUGGGGCUUCACCAAGUACGAGCGUGAGGAGUUCGAGAAGCUGCGUGAAGAUGGCCGUCUUGCCAAUGAUGGCUGCAAUGUGCGCUACCGUCCCGAACAUGGACCUCUAGACUCUUGGAGGAAAGUUCAGACAGAGAUCCACAAUAUG